AAAGAACAUGUCCUGUUCCAAAACACACCAAGCAUCUUCUGUUCUGUCAACCUAGAGACAAGUCAGUACAUUUGGACAGUGCGUUUAUGUCACCUUCUGAAUGGAAUUCGUUAGUUCAAUCGGCCAGACCUGUUGCUAAUCUCCAUUUAUCUCCAUUCAGGUCUUUUACUUAGGUGACCCCAGGGAUGCCUUUUCGUAAAAAACCUCAGCCGCCUGCAGCCCGCUCCACCGUAAUCGAUCAUAAGGCAAAGAAAUCUGGUCUACGUGGAACAGUAUUUGCAGUCAAUGGAGACAACUACACUGGACAGUGGCUGGACAACAAGAAGCAUGGUUGGGGAACGCAGGAGUGGAAGAUGUCUGGUGCUCUUUACAACGGCGAGUGGAAGUUUGGCAAACAUGAAGGACAUGGAAUCUACAGUGCACUUCAACCAGACACUAAGACGUAUGCCAUGCAGUACUGUGGCGAGUGGAAAAAUGGAAUGAAGCACGGACACGGUUCUUUUUUUUAUGCGAAUGCAGUUUAUGAAGGCGAGUGGAGUGAAGACAACCGCAGUGGUUGGGGAAGAAUGUGCUAUAAGAACGGCGACGUCUACGAGGGGGAGUGGCUGAGGGACAACGAGCACGGAACGGGUGUCCUACAGUUUGCGAGUGGAAACUGGUAUGAAGGAUCUUGGAAGAACGGCAAGAAAAGUGGCCAUGGAAAGUUCUACUAUGCGGACAAAGGUCUGAUUUAUGAAGGUCUUUGGGUGGAGGGUGAUGCAAAAUGUGGCACUCUGUCGGACUUUGGGAGAGAAGAGGCGCCGUACCCUACCAAGUAUCCGAUCCCACAGAUAACGCUAAUAGACAUGCGACUGGUUUUAACGGAAGCUGAGUCAGCAUACGUGGAUCAAACAUGACGGCAACAAAGUGGAGGAACUAUCUCUUGUGCGAAUUUGCCAACAUAGGAAGUAGCAGCACACCUGGCCGUAAAAGCCACAUACGUUGUUAGUAAUCUGCAAAGACUUGUGGGUAUUUUGCUGUGUGGGAAUUGUUGUCAUACUUCCAGAAGAUGCCCUUUGGGGACAGUCAAUGCUCUGUUAUCUCAAUGUCAUUCAUGCCUUCUUGGACGUUCUUCUCCCUUUGGAGCAGAAAAAGAGUAUUUUCAGAACAAAGAAAAGUACUGCUCAAAAUUGAAGUUACUCUCUGAGGUCUCAGUCAAGUUUCUUCACACCUUAACACAAACUUUCACAAAAUAUUACACUCAUACAAUAUUCAUUCCCUGUCGGAUUUUUUAGGCUU